AGAGGACAAAAAACAUAGGCAGCCGUAUUGAUCUAAGAGGGGUGGGAGAAUCUAUAGUUGGGCAAUACCUUUAUUAGGACCAUCUGAAGUGUCGCCGCAAAAUAAUGAGCAUGCUUUCGAGAUCUCUAGAAUAAUUCAUCGCCAGUCGGAAAGAGGAAUAUUUCUUGGGGAAACGGCACAAGUAACAAGACGGCCCCAAAGAAGGGCGCCCCUCCUGCUUUUCCGACCAAACAGAAAGCAGCGGAAUGCAUUGUGUUAUUUUUCCGGCCGCCGCUCAGAGCCAGCGUGCCAACGCCGGGACUGCCUGGCACCGCCCCGCUCCUAGCCCGACCAGGAAGUAGCUGCCCGCUCGCUCCUUGCACCAUCAGAGUUGCUGCCGUUUGAUUAGGAAACGGAUCGGGCAUUUUAUAGGAGCGGCGGCUAAAGUCCCCUGUUUGGAAAGAAGCAACAAGAUCUGCCCUGCAGGGGAGUAUGGAGGCAGAUUCUGAGAGCAGAGAUUGCCUCGUGGCUGGAACGUCAAGUAAGUCAGAAGAGGGAAAAGCAGUGCUGGACACUGGGAGCAGCAAGGAUUGUGCCAUAGAAGGAGAUGGGCCUCCUUGCCCUGAAGACUGGGAAAAUGUAUCUCUGAAACAUGGCAAGGAAACCCACAAGAAACAACUCUGUGGCUAUUUAAAUAAAUUUUCUGCAAAAGCACCAAUCAAGGCCUGGAAGUCGCGUUGGUUCUUCUAUGACAAAAACAAAUGCCACUUACUUUACUACAGGACAGCGCAUGACGUCAACCCUUUGGGGAGCAUAGAGAUUUCCAGUGCUAGCUUUGAUCUUAAGGUGGGAGCAGAUGAGGGCGUUUUUGAAAUCAGGACCCCCAGCAAAGAAUUUAUUCUUAAGGCUGUCAACAAACCAACCAUGAUGUACUGGUUGCAACAGUUGCAAAUUAAACGCUGGGAGUUCUGUAAUAACCAGCCUAGGAGUUUUGUAGAGGAUGACACUGAUUUUCCUCCGCCUGUGAAUGAGGCUGAACUUGACAAUGCAAAGACAGAACAUGAAUUUUUACCCCCUGUGAAAACGCCCACAGAUGUAGUUGGCAUAGAGGCAGACCCUCUACGAGCACCACAGCAGCCUUCUGUUGCUCUUCAGAACAUCUCUCUCAAGCAUCCUUGGAUUGAAAUACAGAACAAGGUGCAUAGUCUUUGUGGUAGCCGGUGGAACAAAAGGGACAAUGGGGGCGUAUCUGGUUUUGAGAGGAUCCAAGAUGAUCUUGAAAAUGUAGCUGAUGAAGAGCACUUACAAGCAGAAGUGGGAGAUACAGUCACAGCAGAGCUGCAAAAAGACACAAGGAUGACGCUAAAGGCAGCUUUGGUUAGAAAAAACAAGAAGACAAACAGCAGUUUCCACCGCUUUGUUGAAGGGACAGGAGAGGAGAAAGCUUCUCUUCAGCACCAAGUUUUGGUCCUUGCAGAGGAAAUCAAAUCUCAGAAGGAGUUGGUUAAACUUCUCCACAAAGCCCUGGAGGCAGCCCAGCAGGAGAAGCGAGAGUCCUGCAGGUACCUGGCUACGGCAAAAGAGGAAGACAGACUGGAAUUGGUGCGGCACAAAGUGAGGCAGAUUGCUGAGCUGAACAAACAGGUUGAAGUGCUGGAGAUGGAGAGAAAAGAGCUGGAGCAGGGCGUCGCUUUGAAGGAGGAGCACAUCAGAGAGCUGAAGGUCCAUGUGCAGGUCUUGAUGGACAAAAACCAAGCAAAGCAACAAGUCAUCCUGAAGCUGACGGAGCAACUUGCCAGAGACAUGCCCGAUUCUGUUGGGGAGGCAGAUGCCAUUGCCACGGAGACCUUGUAUAAGCAGCAGGAAGAGAUUGAGCAUUUGAAGGAUGACCUAGAAGCAUACAAGACUCAGAACCAAUUUCUGAACUCUGAAAUCCACCAGGUUACUAAAAUCUGGAGCACAGUGGCCCAGCGAGAGAAGACCCUCCUGAUGAAAUGUGCCCGUCUGCAAGCCCACAACUGCCAGAUUGAAAGCAAGUAUCUGAUGAUUCUGCGGAAAUUGCAAGGACUACCAGACUUGGCCAGUGAGCAUGUGGAAAUGCUGAAGGGUCUCAUACAGGAGGCACUUCAGUGGGAUGUGAAGGAGGAAGCUGUGAUCCCUAUACAGCUGAGCCCAAUCAACCAAUAUGACGACUAUGGGUUUGUGACAGUUCCUGAGUGUGAUGCUGCAGACUGGAAGCUUCUGGCAAAAAUUCAGGCCCUGGAGAUCAAAUCCAGUAAUCUCCUGAACCAUGAGGGCAUGGAGAGGCCUCUCUUUGACCGGUGGAAUAAUCUUGGAGAACUGACUCCCUCGUCAGAGCUAAAGAGCUUACUGCGCUGUGGUGUCCCAGCAGAGCACCGCCAAAGAGUGUGGAGAUGGAUUGUGAGCCGCCGGGUACAGCACAUCCACUCUCCUGGCCAUUAUCAAAACUUGCUCAAGAAGUGCGAAGUUGCUGAGCACCCAGCUUCCCGACAGAUUGAAUUGGAUCUGCCCCGCACACUCACUAACAAUAGGCACUUUAUGUCACCUGCCUCCCCGCUUCUUCCCAAACUUCGAAGGGUUUUGCUUGCAUUCUCUUGGCAAAAUCCCACCAUUGGUUAUUGCCAGGGAUUGAACAGAUUGGCAGCCAUUGCCCUGUUAGUUCUAGAGGAGGAAGAAAAUGCUUUUUGGUGCCUGGUUCAUAUCACUGAGAACCUGAUGCCUCCAGAUUACUACAGCAACACACUAAUAGGCUCACAAGUGGAUCAAAGAGUCUUCAAAGACUUCUUGUUGGAGAAGCUGCCAAGGCUGACAGCUCAUCUGGAGCAGCAUCGAAUUGACUUGGGCCUCGUGACCUUCAAUUGGUUCCUGGUCAUAUUUGUAGAUAGUCUUGUUAGUGACAUCCUCUUCAGGGUUUGGGAUGCCUUUCUGUAUGAAGGGACAAAGGUGAUAUUCCGUUAUGCCUUGGCAAUUUUUAAAUACAAUGAAGAAGCGAUACUGAGGAUCCAGGAUAGCCUGGAAAUUUACCAGUACUUUCGUUGUUUUACCAAAACCAUCUGUGAUGGCAGGAAACUGAUGAACAUUGCCUUCAGCGACAUGAACCCAUUUCCCAUGAAGGUGCUACAAAAUCGGCGCAGCGUGUACAGAUUAAAACUGGAGUCUGAGAUGACAGAACUGGAGCAGAUAAAAGCCCAGUAUGCUAAGAAACAGGCAGAACAUGCUGACAGUAAUCCAAAUGGAGCUGUGAGUGAAGAUGAAGAAGAGAUGUAACUCCUGUUUCCUUCUUUUCAGUUUGCCUUCAGACAUUACCUUUUCACAACGUAUGAAGGGGAAAAAACCAAAAGACAAACACUGUUUGUGCAGUGUUAACACUUCCAACCCAUGAGCAAUGAAUGAAGAUGCACUAGUGCAGUGAUUCUCAAACGGUGCGCCGGGGCACACUGGUGCACCGCAAGAGGUGGCUAGGUGUGCCGCGAAUAUUGUGAAAGUAUAUUAUUAUUAAGUUAUUUUUAUUCAUAGUUUAAAAUAUAUUAAUAUAUUUUUAAUUUUGUACACCAAGUGCACGAGAAAAUUUUUAUAUGUUUUACAGUGCGUCACGAACCAAAAAAGUUUGAGAACCACUGCACUAGUGUUUGUUGAAGCCUCUGGAUUGGCUAGGCCCACUUAUACUACAGGCCUGGCCUUCUGCCACUGACUAGUUAACAGCAGCAUCUUAUGCCUCCUGCAUUUCAGGCCCCAGCAUAGCUGAUCUCAGGAACUGGGUUUAAGAAUACACACUCCAGGUCUGGAUUCAGGUAUGGCUCCUGAGGCCUACCUGGAUCUGGCAAAUGCUUGCCACUGUGUAGUUUAGCUUGGUCCACAGAGGUGUAGUGCGACUUUGGCCUUCCUGUUUGGACUAGCACUCCAUAGCUAUGCACGUCUGACUCAUGUCUGCCUAGCAGUUUUUGCUGGCCUCGAUGCUCUUUUGCCUAUUCCUGUCAGUCUUGGCAAGUUUCUUGGAGUGUAGCACGUUGCUCAUGCUUUGCCAUAUUCUGAGUCAUAAACUGAAUCUGUUUGUCUCUUACAUUCCAUGGAAAUGUCAUUAUAUCCCUUAAUUACUAAUUCCUUUUAAAUGCAUGGUGUGUGUAUCCAUUUGCACACACCCCAUUUUGACUGCACUGACUUUCUGUAUUUAUUGCUGUGUAUGCUAUUUCCUUCUAACUCCAAAAGGGGUUCCAUACCAAUUCCCAAAUGUUUCAGGAGGUCCAGGAUUCACAAACAACUUUUAUUUAGUUUUGUUCCCAGUCAGUCAUGUCAUUCUUUGCCUUAAGAGCAUACUGCUGGUCAAAACAAUGUUCUUUCUUUACAAAGCAAGUAAAAUUAAAUCAUGGUUGCUUUUGAUGGAGGCCAUUUAACAUUUUUAGGCCACUGGUAGAGCUCUGGAAGCCUCAGGGAGUUGCUUUAUGUGAGGGGCAGGAAACUUUGCCAGACUGAGAGCUACAUUUUCUUCUAGGCAACCUUCUGGGGGGGGGCACAUUCACACUAUACAUUUGUUCCACUAUUAUUCCACUUUAAACAGUCAUGGUUUUCCCCAAAGAAUCCUGGGAAGUGUAGUUUGUGAAGGGUGCUGAGAGUUGCUAGGAGACCCCUAUUCUCCUCACACAGCUACAAUUCCCUGAGUACUUUAACAGUCAGUCCUUUUCCCCAGAGAACUCUGGGAAUUGCCGGCCUGUAAGGGGACUAUGGCUAUCCUAACAACUCUCAGU